GUGGAUAAGUGGGCCCCAGCCGGUGGAGGUUGGCCAAGCGCGGGUGAUGCGACUUCGCCUUCCUCCCUCUCGUCAUGGAUGCCUCACCACACUUCCUACUUCUCGCAGCGACGCUCCUCGACUCGUCUUUAGAUGAUGACACUACUCUUCUCCAGCUCCACGCCGUGUUCGGGCCGAUGCUCUUGAGCGCGAUGCAGCUGGUGGACCGGCGGGAGGUGGUGCAUGUAGACCUUGGGGGACGAGGGCUAUACCAGGUAUCGUCAUCGGCAGGCGCACCGUAUACGCUCUACCUCGACCUCCCCGAGCUGCCUCCUCCUCCCGCCGAAGACCCUCGUCCGGAGACUGUGGAGCCGCCGGAAGAAAAUGCUGGCGAAGCAGUCCUGCGAGAAGCUACAGAGCAAGCGGCCCGAGUCAGGGCGGUCAAGCUCAAGGCGGCCAACGACGCCCGGCUGCGCGCCAACGCCGAAAAGCUACGACACAUGUACUGCCCCUGUACGGGAUGGGCCUUCAACGCGCUCGAAGGACGACAUAUCUUCUGCAAGCAUGUCCUUGCGGUGCUCCUCGCGCACCGCUUGGGGCAGACUGUGCGAACGCGAGUGGGGGUGCAUGCGGCCGCGGGGCUGCUUGGGAUCUCGGCGUAGAGCGAUGCACUGAUGCU